UGAUUUGCCUAAACUAAGCAUAGGAAACUAAUCUUGAUCUUAGAUUGUGCUCUCACUAUUUUCAGCUUCCUAGAAUUUCUCAAUUAAGAACUGACACAUGCAACCCCACAACUCUUCCUUUUCAUCACCUCCACAAAUUUCAUCUCUCCUUCCCUCUCUCUGCCUGUAACUCCGUAUAUUUAUCUGUUUAUCUUCUUCUAAUUCUCUUUUAGAUAAAAGUUAUCUCAAAAAAGAAAAGAUUGGAUUUUUUUUUUCCAAUUGAGUUGAGAAGGCCGAGUCAGCAAGAUGACUCGGCGGUGUUCUCAUUGCAGCAACAAUGGCCAUAACUCCCGGACGUGUCCCACGAGAGGUGGCGGUGGUGGAAGCGGCGGCUGUGCCGGUGGUGGGGUGAAGCUUUUUGGAGUCAGAUUAACAGAUGGGUCCAUCAUGAAGAAGAGUGCCAGCAUGGGAAAUCUAUCCCAUUACCAUUCUUCCUCGUCCGCCGCCGCGUCGCCCAACCCCAGCUCGCCUUCCUCCGACCCCUUUCAUGACCCGGUUCAUUUGCCGGAUGGGUAUCUCUCCGAUGAUCCCAAUGAUGCAUCUUGCUCUGCUAAUCGUAGAGCUGAAAGAAAGAAAGGUGUUCCAUGGACUGAAGAAGAGCACAGGCUCUUCCUUCUUGGUCUUCAGAAGUUGGGCAAAGGUGAUUGGCGCGGUAUCUCCCGCAAUUUUGUGACAUCAAGGACUCCAACACAGGUGGCAAGCCAUGCACAGAAGUAUUUUAUCCGGCAGAGCAAUGCUAAUCGGAGAAAGAGAAGAUCCAGUCUCUUUGACAUGGUUCCAGAUAUGUCUACAGAUCCACUAGCUCCGCCGGAAGAACAAUUUGUGCUCCCACCACAAGUUGUUGAUAGCAGCAAGGAACAACUUGCAAGUCCGCAUCCUCUAGCAAUUGGAGAUGAUAAUGAAAAGUCUUUGCCUUCUUUAGAUCUUUCCCUAAAGCAAGAGUAUGAGCCCAUGGAAGCUACCCUCAGUGAAGUAGUUGAAGAAACCGAAGAAAAUGUUAAAUCUCCACCCGAAAUUCCUUCAUUGUUCCCAUCAUUUUUUCCAGCAUUUAUACCUAUUUCAUAUCCACUAUGGCCGUCCAAUAUAGCCCCUCAAGAGGAAGGUAGAGGAGCAGAGGCAUCUCAUCAUCAGAUCCUCAAGCCAAUUCCAGUUAUUCCAAAGGAACCUGUCAAUGUGGAUGAACUUGUGGGCAUGUCUCAGCUUAGCUUAGGUGAUACUAGUUCUGGCCUUGUAGAAUCUUCCCGACUUUCUCUCAAAUUGACAGGGGAGCCAUCGAGGCAAUCGGCAUUUCAUGCAAGCACACCAAUCAAAGGAUCGGGCAUAACCAAGAGUGAAAAUAGUUCAUUUCAAGCAGUAUGAGAUAAAGGGUGCUACUUGAUUAACAUCUUAGCAGAUGCCUUACUCAAGCAUCUGGAAGGAAGCAAGGCCUAUUUUCCUUCAUUUCUGUCCUCAUAGCUUUUGUUGUAUUCCUUAUUUAUCUAAUUUUUUCAAUGUAAUAUAGUGCAGGGCCCCUCCAGGUUUAGGUUAUGGGUUAAGCUAGUGAAAAUUCUGAUUCUUUUUAACUGUAAAUACUAGGAUGUUUAGUACGUGGAGGAUUUGGCAAAUAGCCUGAAAUAAUUUGUCCUGCA